AUGGGUGUUCCAUCUUUUUUCAGAUGGCUUUCCCGGAAAUAUCCAAAGAUUAUUUCGCCGGUCCUCGAAGACACACCCCAGAUUGUUGAUGGAGUAGCGCUACCUAUAGACUAUGCUGCCACUAAUCCCAAUGGAGAGCUAGAUAACCUUUACUUGGACAUGAAUGGUAUUGUACAUCCUUGUUCGCAUCCUGAAAAUAGACCUCCUCCCGAGACGGAAGAUGAGAUGCUUCUGGCCGUUUUUGAGUAUACGAACCGUGUUUUAAAUAUGGCUAGACCUCGAAAAGUGCUGAUGAUCGCAGUAGAUGGGGUUGCUCCACGGGCCAAAAUGAACCAACAGCGUGCUCGUCGUUUCAGAAGUGCCAGAGAUGCUCAAAUCCAAAAUGAAGAACGUGAAAGAGCGAUCUUGGAGCGUGAAGAUUUGGGUGAGAUUAUUGACGAUAGCGUCAGAAACAAAAAAACCUGGGAUACUAACGCCAUUACACCGGGGACUCCAUUCAUGGAUAAAUUGGCAGCCGCACUACGCUACUGGACUAGCUUCAAACUCGCAACAGACCCGGGCUGGAAAAACUUGCAAGUCAUUAUCAGUGAUGCCACCGUCCCUGGAGAAGGUGAGCAUAAAAUCAUGAACUUCAUCAGAUCCCAGCGGUCUGACCUUCAAUACAACCCCAACACGUCGCAUUGUAUUUAUGGAUUGGACGCAGAUUUGAUUUUCUUGGGUCUAGCGACCCAUGAGCCCCAUUUCAAAAUCUUACGAGAAGAUGUGUUUGCUCAAGAUAAUCGCCGCAGACAGCGAGUCCAGGACACCAUCAACAUGACGGAAGAGGAAAAACAAAGUCUUGCGCGCCAAGAUUCCGAAAAGCCUUUUCUUUGGCUUCACAUAAGUGUCUUGAGAGAAUAUCUUUCUGUUGAGCUUUUCGUACCUCGUCUGUCGUUUGAAUUCGAUAUAGAAAGAGCGAUUGACGAUUGGGUCUUCAUGUGUUUCUUCUGUGGUAACGAUUUCUUGCCACAUCUGCCGUCAUUAGACGUCAGAGAAAACAGUAUUGAUAUACUCGUUGAGAUAUGGAAGAUAAUCCUGCCGCGGCUCAAGACAUAUAUGACCUGUGAUGGAACUUUGAAGUUGGAAUCUGUGGAGCUGCUUCUUGAGCAACUGGGAAGUCGUGAACCUGAGCUUUUCAAAGGAAGAUACCUACAGGAAAUACGGAAACAAGACGCCGCUAAAAGACGCAAGAUGCUCAAGAGCAACAACAACGUAACUCAGGGUAAAACGGAUAGAAAUUUCACAGUCCCACUUCAGAAUAUGCCAGUUUAUGACGUUCAUGGCAACGCAGCAGAGGGCUCAUUGAACCUUUCAAAUAAAGAUUUCGCCAAUCACAGAAAAGAAUUAAAUCUGGCCGGCGAAGGUGAUGCCCAAUCUUCGGCUGCUUUGAAAGCUGUCAGUGAACAAAACGAAAAUCCGAAGAAAGAACACACCAAAGAAGAAAUCGCCACCGCUGUUGAAGUUGCUAAUGACGCUAAUAUAUCUGCAGCAGCGGCGAUGAGGCUGAAACUUCAGGCCAGAAAGGAAAAUGUGGAUCAUGGAAGCUCAAAACCGGAACUCAACGGCUCCAAGGGAAACACUACCGAUGAGAACAUCGAGAUUUCUGCCAAAAGAAUGAUCGAGGAGGUGGAAAAAGACGACUCAGAAACCCCUAGCGCGGUAGACGAAGAGUCUCAAACCCCCUCAAGCUUCCAGGUAAUUCAUACAGGUCUUGUCAAAAGCGGGGUGAUCGAUACCGAAGAAGAGGUCAGAUUAUUCGAGCCAGGCUAUCACGACAGGUAUUAUACUGCCAAAUUUCACGUUGAAGAAAAGGAUAUUGACGCCUUACGCAAGGAUGUGGUAAAAAGUUACGUCGAAGGUGUCUCUUGGGUACUUCUUUAUUAUUAUCAAGGAUGCGCGUCCUGGGAUUGGUAUUAUCCUUACCAUUAUGCUCCUUUCGCAUCUGAUUUCAAAAAUAUCAGCGAGCUGGAUAUUAAAUUCGAGAAAGGAGAGCCGUUCCUGCCCUUUGAGCAGCUAAUGAGUGUCUUACCAGCUGCUUCUGGUCACAAUCUUCCAGCAGUCUUUCGCACUUUGAUGAAAGAUCCCGAUUCAGAGAUCAUUGAUUUCUACCCCGUCGAGUUUCCUGUAGAUAUGAAUGGUAAGAAAAUGUCCUGGCAAGGUAUCGCACUCUUGCCGUUCAUUGAUGAAAAAAGGUUGUUGAAAGCGGUUCGAGCUCAAUAUGAAAGUUUGAGUGACCAUGAAAAAACACGUAACGUACGGAAACAAGAAGUUCUCUUGAUCAGCAAUAAGAAUGCGAACUACGAAAAGUUUAGCAAGAAGCUUUAUAGUGGAUCGCCUGUGGAGAGUGUGCCAUUCCAACACUUUAAGAGUGGAUUGGCGGGUCAAGCUUUUGUUGACAAAGAGGGUUUUACAUUGAAUAGCAAAUUGAUUAGCCCAGUGAUGGGCGGUGGGCUGCCAGAUUUAAGCACGAAUCUUUUCAUGAAAGUGGCUUACAAAAUGCCAGAACUGCCGAGCCCCAGUAAGUCUGUUCUUUUGAAUGGUUUUAUCCCACCACAGGCAAUGCUAUCUCCUCAGGACCGUGACGCCAUAACAUAUCGCUAUAAUCACAGGUGGAACGCGAUGGAUAUGAAGCAUAACAUUGUUCCCGUUGGACCAUGCACUACCACACAGUACCAGCCACGCCUGGGGGGUUACAAAUCGUUUCUCUUUUUCCAGGAAGCGCACGCAAGCGUGCGUAGAGGUCCCGGGCACGAUCAGCGGGUACAGCAGUCGAGAUACAAUUCAGGUAACGGUGCUCAACGCGGGUAUUCCGACAGAGACCAGGGAAUGGGCCGUAAUGCACCUCCUGUAAAUCGGUCGCGUUUUUCAAGAUAUUCGGGCUCUGGCCGGCCGCAAGGAACAGGCCGCCGAGAGUGGCAGCGAUGA